GAAGUGGAAAUGCUCUCUUUGCUCAGUGUCACUUUCCACCACACAGCUGUAACCUCAGCUCUCUCCUUCCCAGCACUACCCAGCCGCGGACAGAAUGGAGAACCGGGGCGCGGACGAGGAUCCCAAGGGAGACGUGCCUGUGCAGAACGAGAAGCACCAGCAGCCUCGGGCGGGCCAGGGCUUUGACAUGAUCUACAGGAUCGAGGAUGUGCCCCCCUGGUACCUCUGCAUCUUCCUGGGACUGCAGGUGGAACACGCCGUCUGCCUGGAUGGGUGGAGGGACAGACAGACUAGUCUCACAGGCAGGCGAUUAGACAGACAGAGAGAGAGAGAGGAGUUUAUUUGCCAUACGGACAUGUGCUUUGGGACUUGGAUUCACACUUUCCUCUCUGGAUCUGGUGUCACAGAGUCAGGGAGAGAUCAGGAGAUGCUUUGUUUUUUUUUGGCUUGGCGCAAAUCCACUUUAGUAAAUUCUGGAUAUUUUGACCACAGCUGUAUCUGUAGUAGAGUUAAUCUGCAGCGAUAUUCUGAGCCAUACAACAAAGCUCAGGAACUCCCGGAACGUGCCCUUUCAGUUUCUAGCAGGAGGAGUAAAUUCCUUUUUGCUGCAAUAUAUCACAGUCAAAUGCGUGCCGAGGCUGGGCGUGUCUGGUCCUCUCUUUGUGACCUGUGCUGUGUUUCAGAGGAGAUCUACGGGGACUGGAGCUUGCCCCUGAAUACCUCCCACAUCUGGCAUCCAAGGAUACGAGAGAUCCAGGGGGCGAUCAUCGUGUCCAGCCUGGUGGAGGUGCUCAUUGGCUGUCUCGGGGUUCCAGGCCUCCUGCUCCGCUACAUCGGGCCUCUGACCGUGACGCCCACCGUGUCCCUCAUCGGCCUGUCGGUGUUCCAGGCAGCGGGGGACAGAGCCGGCUCUCACUGGGGCCUCUCCCUGCUGUCCAUCUUCCUGAUCGUGCUGUUCGCUCAGUACCUGCGGAACGCUCAGUUCCCAGUGCCCACCUACGACAGGCAGAAGGGCUGCACCACAGUCAAGAUCCAGAUCUUCAAAAUGUUCCCGGUAAGGUCAGCUUCUGCUUCUUGUUCAUCGGAGUAUUGCAGACAGGCUUCCUCUUUUCUGACAUUAGUUAAAUAUUUUCCAUGCCCAGAAAUUGUCAGACUGAAAAAAUGCUUUAUUAACUGGGGGACAGCUGGGACUCUGGCCAGCUGGUGGGACCCCUGUGGCUCUCAGUUAAUUGGGAGUAAGAUAAGGUUAGAGACCCUGGUGGGCAGCAGGAGAGUGGUUCAGUAUGGGGCAGGAAUCAUGUUCAUCUUGGGGACAGUGGGCAAGUUCACAGCCCUGUUUGCUUCCUUGCCUGACCCCAUUCUAGGAGGGAUGUUCUGCACUUUGUUUGGAAUGAUAACAGCUGUAGGGCUCUCCAAUCUGCAGACUGUGGACUUGAAUUCCUCUCGCAACCUGUUUGUCCUGGGAUUCUCCAUGUUCUUUGGAUUGACUUUGCCAAAUUACUUGGACACGCACCCCAAUGCCAUAAGGACUGGCGUACCAGAGAUUGAUCAAGUCCUGACAGUUUUGUUGACAACAGAGAUGUUUGUGGGGGGAUUUCUGGCCUUCAUCUUGGACAACACUAUUCCAGGCUCCAGGAAAGAGCGAGGCCUGCUGGACUGGACAGAGGGCGUCCACUCCAGCAGCGACCAGUGCGCGGGACUCCAGACCUACGACUUCCCGAUCGGAAUGAGCUGUGUGAGGAGCAUGGAGUGCCUGGGGCGCAUCCCGAUCUUUCCCACCUUCCAGGGCUUCCGCAGCAGACGGAGGCCCGCUAGGGAGGCUGCGGAGGACGUCAAGCAGAAUGGAGACAGUGCGGUCGCCUGUACGAAAGUAUAGCCUCUCUCUGACACCUUCAAGCACGGCUCUUUCCGCAGCCGGAGGUGGGCGUGCUCCGGAGUCUCCUCCUGCGUGGACAGGGAGGGGCAGACCGAUGGCCCAGCCUCGGUGCCGAGGAGGACUCCUGCAUGGGGGUGUGUGACCCCAGCGUCCGCCUGCCCCGCUGCGCCCGGGGCGCAGGUCAGCGAGGACCCCCACAGUCCAGGUCACCCCCCGCCGUGUGACGAAGCCCAGAGUCAUCAAUAAAAAACAAACACUUCAAA